AGCUCCGAGGACCUGGGCACGGAGCUGGGCGAGUCCUGGUCCGCGUCCUUGUUGGCUGUGCUGCCCGCCGUUGCCGAGGCGGCGGCGCAGGAGGCCGAGAGCUUGCCUUUAGAGGAGGGCACGGAGAACGGCGCCCAGGCCGACGCGGCGUCCCUCAGUGCCCGCCAGUGGAGCUACAGCACUCGCGGCAGCGGCGAGGAGUGGUCGGAGGAGGUGAAGCAGCAGCACGAGCAGCAGCUGCGCCGCGAGCUCCUGGAGCAAUACCGCGCGCUGCUGGCGGAGCGCAGCCGCUGCCAGCGCUACAGCGCCUACCUGCAGCACAAGAUCCACGACGCUUUGCGCAAGAAGAAGGGCCUGGAUGCGGCCGAGGUGCCCGACAGGCCCGAGCCUGAGGCCCCCGAGAAGGAGCGGGCCUACCUGCACUACCUGGCCAAGCUGGAGGAGCUGAAGAAGCAGCUGGCCGAGGACCUGGACUGGUACCACCAGGAGCUGGCCCAGCUCCAGAAGCAGUGCCGCGAGAAGCUGUCCCAGGUGGACAAGGGCUGGCGCGCCUUCCAGGCGGUCAAGAAGCAGGUGGUGCUGCAGGCCAUGGGCAGCUGUUGGCUGCGGGGCGGGCGCCAGGCCGCCCUGCGGGAAGUGGAGGCGAUGCAGGCCCUGGAGGACAAGAAGGAGAAGGAGAUGCGUGCGGUGCGGCUGGAGAACGUGCAGCUGAGGCAGAGCCUGAUGCACUUUGAGACCAGGAUGAGGACCCAGGAGGACCUGACCCAGGGCCUGCUGCUCAUCGACUUUGAGCAGCUCAAGAUCGAGAACCAGACCUUCAACGAGAAAGUGGAGGAGCGCGGCGAGGAGCUGCUGAAGCUUCGGAACAAGGUGACCGACAACGUCCAGGUGGUCACCCAUGUGAAGCAGAAGCUGCACUUCGUGGAGGCGGAGACCGCGGCCAAGAAGGCGCAGCUCCAGGAGCUGGAGGCCCUGGUGGCCCACCAGAGGGACAUCCUCACCCAGACCAAGAAGGCCCGUGACAGGCUGCGCCUGGACAACAUCAAGCUCGGUCAGAAGUGCGGGCUGCUGGGCAGGGACUUGCUGCUGCAGGACAUGGAGGAGAAGAUGAAGCAGGCGGAGCAGCUCCACCAGCGCCUCGAGGCCUUGAAGCACCAUCACGCCGGGCUGUCCCUGUCCUGCAAGGGCGUCAAGCAGAAGAUCCGGGAAGCCAGGGCCUUCCUCCCCUCGUGAGGGGGUGCCAAGCAGAGCACUAGUUAGUGUGUCCUCAUAAUUUCUCACUUCCACCUGGGUGAGGAAGCAGCUUUUGUUUGGGGCACGGAGAAAUGGGAAUGGUUUAAUGUGCCGAAGACUGGGGAAGGCAGGGGAGGGGGUGCCCACAGUCCUUUUGUAUAGACAGACCAGCGCCUUUAACGCUUCCGUGGUCCAGGCCAGAGGAGUGCUGCUUCUCUCCCAUUGGGAGGGAUGUUUUUAUUUUCAACAAAUGGGUGGGUAACACCCUCACCCCCAACUCUUGUGCCUUAAGCUAUUACACUCACUCUAAACUUGUUAAA